AUGCAGGCCUUACCAGAGUCGCGUCAACAGACUUUCGAGGAGAUCUACGGUCCUCCGGAAAACUUCCUCGAGAUAGAAGUCAAGAACCCACAGACUCACGGCUCCUCCCCUCGAAACAUGUACACAUCCUACGAGAUCCACACACGAACCAACAUUCCGGCCUUCAAACUGCGUCACUCUGUGGUCCGCCGUCGCUACUCAGACUUCGAGUACUUCCGAGACAUCCUCGAGCGAGAAAGCGCUAGAGUCACGAUUCCUCCAUUACCGGGCAAAGUCUUCACAAACAGAUUCUCGGACGAUGUGAUCGAGCACAGGAGAGAAGGAUUGCAGCGCUUCCUGCAAAUUGUGGUGGGACAUCCACUGCUGCAGACAGGGAGUAAAGUCCUUGGGGCGUUCAUACAAGGUAUGAUCAGAGUAGCGAUGCGGCUGUCUGAGUGA